AUGACGAGAGAUAUCACCAACCACCUUCUUUUUGAAGUUGCUACGGAGGUGGCUCACAAAGUUGGCGGUAUAUAUUCUGUUUUGAAAUCUAAAGCACCAAUUACAGUUGCUGAAUAUAGAGAACGCUAUACUUUACUUGGUCCCUUGAAUUAUGACUCGGCCCAGAUUGAAGUCGAGGAGUUGCCUGUUAAAGAUCCUCUUAUCAAACAAACUUUGGACUCGAUGUCGGGAAAGGGAAUUAGAUGGUUAUAUGGUAGAUGGUUGAUUGAAGGUGCGCCACGUGUCUUACUCUUUGAUAUUUGGUCAGCAUCAGGCUUCCUCAAUGAGUGGAAAGCGGAUUUGUGGAAUGUUGCUGGUAUUCCUACUCCUGAUCAUGAUCUGGAGACAAAUGAUGCUAUAUUGCUUGGUUACUUGGUAGCAUGGUUUUUGGGAGAGUUGGUAUACAACGAUAGAGACAGAGCGGUGAUUGCCCAUUUCCAUGAGUGGCUCGCCGGUAUCGCCUUGCCCUUGUGUCGUAAAAGAAGAAUUGAUGUCACGACUAUAUUUACCACGCAUGCUACCUUACUAGGAAGAUACCUUUGUGCAGGAUCUACCGAUUUUUACAAUAACUUGGCUACUUUCGAUGUUGAUGCCGAAGCAGGGAAAAGAGGUAUUUAUCACAGAUAUUGUAUUGAAAGAUCAGCGACUCAUUCUGCCGAUGUGUUCACUACCGUUUCCCAUAUUACAGCUUAUGAAAGCGAACAUUUAUUGAAGAGAAAACCAGAUGGUGUUUUGCCUAAUGGAUUGAAUGUUGUUAAAUUCCAAGCAGUGCAUGAAUUUCAAAAUUUGCAUGCUUUGAAAAAGGAUAAAAUUAACGAGUUUAUUAAGGGUCAUUUCUAUGGUAACUAUGAUUUUGAUUUGGAAAAUACCUUGUAUUUCUUUAUUGCGGGAAGAUAUGAGUUUAGAAACAAGGGUUGUGAUUUUUUCAUUGAAUCAAUGGCAAGAUUGAAUCAUAGAUUGAAAGAAAUUGGUUCCAAGAUGACGGUUGUUGCCUUCAUCAUCAUGCCUGGUAAAACUCAGUCUUACACCGUUGAAACUUUGAAAGGACAAGCUGUAAUUAAGCAAUUAGAGUCAACUAUUGAGGAAGUACAGAAGAAAGUCGGUGAGAGAUUAUUUGAACACUGUGCUAGAUACCCCAAUUUGGAACACGUAUCAGGUGAAAAAUCAAAUGAGGUGCCAUCAAUAGAUGAAUUGAUCAAGCCAGCUGAUCGUGUUUUGUUAAAGAGGAGAAUUUAUGCAUUGAAAAGAGAUGGACUACCACCAAUUGUUACACAUAACAUGGUCGACGAUAGCAACGAUCCGGUAUUGAACCAAAUUAGACGUGUUCAAUUAUUCAAUCGUCCCGAAGAUCGAGUUAAGAUCAUUUUCCACCCUGAAUUCCUUAAUGCCAACAACCCUAUAUUAUCGUUAGAUUAUGAUGAAUUUGUUCGUGGAUGUCAUUUGGGGGUGUUCCCAUCAUAUUAUGAACCAUGGGGAUACACACCUGCUGAAUGUACCGUUAUGGGUAUUCCUUCAAUUACCACCAAUUUAUCGGGAUUUGGUUGUUACAUGGAAGAUUUGAUUGAAAACACCAGUGAUUAUGGUAUCUACAUUGUUGAUCGUAGAAUGAAAUCUGUUGAUGAAUCAAUUGAUCAAUUAACCGAUUAUAUGUUUGAAUUUUGUGAAAAGACAAGAAGACAAAGAAUCAACCAAAGAAAUAGAACUGAAAGAUUGAGUGAUUUGUUAGAUUGGAAGAGAAUGGGAUUGGAAUAUAUUAAGGCUCGUCAAUUGAGUUUGAAGAGAGCUUAUCCAGACAAGUUUAAAAAUGGUGCAAAUCCAUUCAACAACUCCUCAAAUUUGAAAUUGACUAGGCCGUUAUCUGUUCCUGGCUCUCCUAGAACCAAGAUUGGAAUGAUGACUCCUGGUGAUUUGGGAAGUUUGCAAGAAGCUCAACAGGGAUUAAAUACUGAGGACUAUGUUGGAUUCAAAUUAGGUUUAGCUGCUGCGGAUGACGAUCAUGAGGAUCAUGAUCACCAUAGUCAUUAUCCAUUGACAUUGAGGGGCCACUCUGUGCCUUCUGAAGAUGACUAG